AAUCCCAGGACGGUCCUCAGCCCCUUUCGGGUGCUGGUGCUCCCGGAGCUCAGCUGCCCCAGGGUCGAUGAAACCAGACAGCCGAGGGCUAGCGCUCAGUCCCCUGCCCCUCCAGCAGCAGAAAGGGCACUGCCACUUCCCCGCUGCUCACACUGGCUCUGUCGGGGGCAGAGGUUAGAGAGGGGUGCUGGCUGCUGGGGGCGCACAUGCACUUUGGCAAACUCAUGCAUGUGAUUGGACGACUCCGGUUCCCUCCAUCUCUCUGAGCCCCCACCCUGGGGAUGCCAUCUGCUUCCUUGCCUCAUGUGGAACCCAAGGACACAGCCGCCCUGCUGAAAGCACGGCGGCCCAUCCUUCGAGACCGUGACCUCACGGCGGUGGCCCUCCUCAGCCCUCCACCUCCCGCGGGGGCAGAGGCCACCCACCUCCAAGUCCCCAGCCAUGACGACAUCCGCACUGCGACGCCAGGUGAAGAACAUCGUCCACAACUAUUCCGAGGCAGAGAUCAAGGUGCGCGAGGCCACCAGCAAUGACCCCUGGGGACCACCCAGCUCGCUCAUGUCAGAGAUCGCCGACCUGACCUUCAACACAGUGGCCUUCGCUGAGGUCAUGGGCAUGCUGUGGAGGCGACUCAAUGACAGCGGCAAGAACUGGCGGCACGUGUACAAGGCCCUUACUCUACUGGACUACCUGCUGAAGACGGGCUCCGAGCGCGUGGCCCACCAGUGCCGCGAGAAUCUCUACACCAUUCAGACGCUCAAGGACUUCCAGUACAUCGACCGGGACGGCAAGGACCAGGGUGUCAAUGUGCGUGAGAAGGUCAAGCAGGUAAUGUCCCUGCUCAAGGAUGAGGAGCGCCUGCGGCAGGAGCGAACUCAUGCCCUCAAGACCAAGGAGCGCAUGGCGCUGGAGGGCAUGAGCAUCGGCAGUGGGCAGCUGGGCUUCAACCGCCGCUCUCGUGGAUCCCCGUCCUCCUUCACGUCUGCAUCCUCAUCCCCACGGUAUGCCUCAGACCUGGAGCAGGCGCGUCCCCAGACCUCAGGAGAAGAGGAGCUCCAGCUGCAGCUGGCCCUGGCCAUGAGCCGCGAGGAGGCGGAGAAGCCCGUGCCCCCAGCCUCCCACAGGGAUGAGGACCUGCAGCUGCAGCUGGCUCUGCGCCUGAGCAGGCAGGAGCACGAGAAGGAGGUGAGAUCCUGGCGGGGAGAUGACUCUCCCGUGGCCAAUGGUGCAGAGGCUACCAGCCGCCGGCGGCAGGACCGAGAGCCCGUGCGAGAAGAGAGAAAGGAAGAGGAGAAGCUGAAAACCAGCCAGUCCUCCAUCCUGGACUUGGCUGACAUCUUCGCACCAGCCCCGCCCUCCACACACUGCUCUGCGGACCCAUGGGACAUUCCAGGUCUCAGGCCAAACACAGAGCCCAGUGGCUCCUCCUGGGGACCCUCUGCAGACCCCUGGUCUCCUGUCCCUUCUGGAAAUGUCCUGUCCCGAAGCCAGCCUUGGGACUUGCUUCCUACUCUCUCUUCCUCUGAGCCCUGGGGCAGGACCCCAGUGCUGCCCGCCGGUCUCCUCAUCGCAGACCCCUGGGCACCAAAGUCUCCCCACCGCACGCUCCCCAGUGCUGGGACAGACCCUUGGGGGGCCUCCAUGGAGACCUCUGACACCCCUGCUCUAGGUGGUACCUCAACCUUCGACCCAUUUGCCAAACCUCCAGAAUCCUCCGAGACCAAGGAACAGUCGGACAGCGCCCAGGUCCUACCCUCUGGUAAACCUGGCAGCCCUGGUGAGUUGGACCUGUUUGGAGACCGCAGCCCCAGCUGCAAGCAAAAUGGCACGAAGGACCCAGACGCCUUCGAGCUGGGCGGGCUCGGGGAGGCGCUAACGGAGCCGAGCAAGGAGGAGCGCCCGUGCAGGACUCCCGAGUCCUUCCUGGGCCCCUCGGCCUCUUCCUUGGUCAACCUAGACUCGCUGGUCAAGGCGCCCGUGGCUGCAAAGGCCCGGAACCCCUUCCUGACAGGUCUCGGCGCUCCUGCCCCCAGCAACCCGUUUGGUGCGGGCGAGCAGGGCCGGCCGACCCUGAACCAGAUGCGCGCCGGCUCGCCCGCGCUGGGCACGGCGGCGGGCGGGCCCGUCGGGGCGCCCUUGGGCUCCAUGACCUACAGCGCCUCCCUGCCCCUGCCGCUGAGCAGCGUGCCCGUGGGCGCCACCCUCCCCGCCUCGGUCAGCGUCUUCCCACAGGCCGGAGUCUUCGCCCCGCCGCCGGGGAGCCUGCCGCAGCCUCUGCUACCCACGUCGGGCUCGGCCGGGCCGCUGCCCCCGCAGGCUGGCACCAACCCCUUCCUCUGAGCCACCGGGGCGGGGCGCCUGCGUGCGAGGCCCCGCCCCCUCCGCGGCCCUCGUGCCAGCUGGGCAUGGAUCCAGGCCCCCUUGGCACCCUGGUAGCUCCCGGAAGACGCUGAAAAUGGACUGCAUCUAAGGGGUGGAGACCACACCCCCAUAAUAAAGACUGGAACCCACAUCCUCAACUUUCACCAAGUGGACUUUUUUUUUUUUCCCUGCGGGGGUGUGGCAGCGGGGUCUGGACCACUGCGUGGAUCACCAGCUAUGGAACAAACUUCUUCGGGGUCUCGGGGAGCAGACACGCCCCCCCAUUUCCCUUAAAGCACUCUCAAACACCCUUCCUGCCAGGUGCUCUCAGUCUGUCAUUCUUGGGUCAUUUGUCACACAUCACCACAUGGGGAUGGCCUGACCAUAAGGGACAACAGGCAUUCGUUUCCCAGUUGUUUCUUCUUUAAUGUGCUGAGCGCUUUAGGCAGAUAAUGCAUUUAUCAUGCAACGAGACUCUGUGGCAGAUGUACGCCUGCUCCCGUUCAGUGAUGGCUGCAGGCUCUGUGGGGCCCUGAGCAAGCUGAACAGGUAUGUGUUUCUCAUCCAAAAUUGGGUUAAGAUUUCAAAACAGGGUCUGAUGUGGAGGAGCACACCUCUAAUCCCAGUACUCUGGAGGCUGAGACAGGAGGAUCACAAGUUCAAGGCCAGCUAGGACUAAAA